AUGUCUUCGCCAAACCACUUAAUCAUCGUCUGCUGCCACGGCAUCUGGACCGGCGGCCCCUCCAACGGCUGCAACGAGGACGAAUGGCUCAUUGCCGAUUUCCAGCGCGGCGAAACGGCCACGUUUAUCGAGCACAUCAAGGCCGGGCUUCGGUGCCUCGCUGAGGACUACGACAAUGCUGUGCUUGCGUUCUCCGGCUACGCCAACAUUGCCUCCUCCAACAACUUCUUCAACAUCAUCAUCCCCUCCACGAAUAACCCCUCAAACAAAAUCCUGAUUGAAGACCGCGCAUUGGACUCUUACCACAAUAUUCUCUUCAGCCUCACUCUGUUUCACACCCGCUUUCGCACUUGGCCUGUGUAUCUGACGAUUAUAUCGCACGCCUUCAAAAAGCCGCGCCUCAUCAAUGGCCACUGCCCGGCUAUCGGGUUUCCCCUUGAGAGAGUGAGGUUCGUGGGGAUUGAUCCGCCGGGGAUGACGAGCGGGGAGAACGUCGACGGCAUCAAGGGCGUUGGGCAGGCUGUGGACGAUUGGACGAGGGAUCCUCAUGGGAGGGGGGAGGUGUUGGCGGGAAAGAGGCGGAGGAGGAAUCCGUGGGGAGUGUGGCAGGGGGUUUUUGAGCGGAUGGGUGUUGAUAGGGGGGGCUUGGUGACGGAGGGGGAGGGCGAGGGGGAGACGCUGGUUGAUGGUGCGCCGAGGCCGUGGCAGUGA